CAGAGGCCCCUGAGGUGGAGACCUCUACUGCCUGUGUCCCCAGGGGGCUUGGAAAUCAUUACAUAAUCAUCUCCAUUUCAAGAACCAUCAAACAUUUGCCAUCCGUUUUCAUUAUCAUCCAACUAACCAACAUUCUUCAGUCAAUGGAUCUUCAACCAGAUCGAAAUGUUAGAGCACAAAUACGGUGGCCACCUUAUCUCCCGCCGUGCUGCCUGCAAGAUCCAGACUGCCUUCCGCCAGUACCAGCUCAGCAAGAACUUCGAGAAGAUCCGCAAUUCGCUGCUAGAGAGUCGUCUGCCUCGACGCAUCUCCCUGCGCAAGGUCCGUGUGCAAAACACGGAAGGUUUCUCUGCUGAACGGGCCCUGGCAGAAGGCUGCAACUUGACAGGCAUCCCAUUGGUGCGCUCGCCAUCUCUGCCUGCCACAGUUGGUGGCACCCUGACCGACCUGGAAGACUCAUUCACUGAACAGGUUCAGUCACUGGCAAAGUCCAUAGAUGACGCACUCAGCAACUGGAGCCUGAAGACCAUGUGCUCACUGCAAGAAGGCGGCACUUAUCAGUUCAGUGCCGACUCCUUCAGUGCAGCAGCAGCAGCAGCAGGAGGUGGAGGUGGAGGAGACGGAGGUGUUGUGGGAGAGUCAGCGAUUCACCAAGGCCCAGUAGACCCAAGUGACCUGUCGAGAAGUGCAAGCAAGCUGAUGAUGGCGUUCCGGGAUGUGACCGUGCAGUUCGACAGCCAGAACUUCCUUGUUUCAUCCUCAGUCAUAGAAUCGUCCACGGUCACCCUCGGCAGCUGCGUCCAACAAGAAGGAGACCCCACCACUGUCAUGUCUACUUCCACAACAACAAACUCCACUCCAGCCUCCAUUGCUCCCGGCCUCUCCCGAGAACCCCCUCCUCCCCCUGCAGAGCUCCCAGCUGAACCCAUAGAUCCCCCACCACCCCCACAAGAGCCCCCACCACCCCCAGAAUCAGAGUUUGAAGAAGACGAGCAGGAUCAGCUGGAGGUCAAGCGGUGCGGCUCCGAGACCGCAGAUAACAGCUCAGAGCAGAUGAGCAGCAGCAGCACGUCCACAGAGGCACGCUCCACAUCUGAAGCCUCGUCCAAGGAGGCACUGCAGGCCAUGAUCCUCAGCCUGCCACGCUACCACUGUGAGAACCCCGCCAGCUGUAAAUCACCCACGCUAUCCACUGAUGUCAUGCGAAAACGCCUCUACCGCAUCGGCCUCAAUCUCUUCAAUGUAAACCCUGAUAAGGGUCUUCAGUUCCUGAUCUCUCGAGGCUUCAUCCCAGAUACACCUAUCGGCGUUGCCCACUUCCUGCUGCAGAGGAAAGGCUUGAGCCGACAGAUGAUUGGAGAGUUCCUCGGAAACAGCAAGAAGCCCUUCAACAGAGAUGUCCUAGAUUGUGUGGUGGAUGAGAUGGACUUCUCAGGCAUGGAGCUGGACGAAGCGCUGAGGAAGUUUCAGGCCCACAUUCGUGUCCAGGGAGAAGCCCAGAAGGUAGAACGUCUUAUCGAGGCCUUCAGUCAGCGCUACUGCAUGUGUAACCCUGACGUGGUGCAGCAGUUUCACAACCCAGACACCAUCUUCAUCCUGGCCUUCGCCAUCAUUCUGCUCAACACCGACAUGUACAGUCCAAACAUCAAACCCGACCGCAAGAUGAUGUUGGAGGACUUCAUACGCAACCUACGAGGAGUGGAUGAUGGAGCAGACAUCCCCAGAGACAUGGUGGUGGGAAUCUACGAAAGAAUACAACAGAGGGAGUUACGCUCCAACGAAGACCACGUCACCUACGUCUCCAAGGUUGAGCAGUCCAUCGUAGGCAUGAAAACCGUUCUCUCUGUCCCUCAUAGAAGACUGGUGUGCUGUAGUCGACUUUUUGAGGUGACCGAUGUCAACAAGGCCCAAAAACAGGCAGCACACCAGAGAGAAGUCUUCCUCUUCAAUGAUCUCAUUGUAAUCUUGAAGCUUUGUCCAAAGAAAAAGAGUUCUGCAGCCUACACUUUCUGCAAAGCUAUGGGCCUACUUGGCAUGCAGUUUCACCUGUUUGAAAAUGAAUACUAUCCUCAUGGCAUCACCAUCCUCUCACCUUUUGGCUCAGACAAGAAGCAGGUACUUAACUUCUGUGCCCAAAGUGCUGAGGAGUUGCUCAAGUUUGUAGAAGACCUGAAGGAAUCAAUCGCGGAGGUGUCAGAGAUGGAGCAGAUACGCAUUGAGUGGGAGCUGGAAAAGCAGCAGGGAGCCAAGACGCACUCAGUAAAGAACAACGACACACAGCUAGAGCUGCGUGGCAAACAGGGCUCCCCAUCAGGAAACCAGGAGAUAGAUGACAGAAGUGGACACAACGCAGUGGAGGCUUCAGACGUACCAGCUCAGCAGCAGCAGCAGCACGGCUCGGAGUCCCGAGAGUUUGGCCCUUCUUAACCACCGGGGGGAGCU